UGAACUUUGUAAGUCGUGAGCAGCGUUUUCGCCCUGCGCCCUCCCACUGUGUGGCGCGUACGCCAGGAUUUGCAUACAGAGGAGCAGAGCGCCCGCCUCCCUCAAGAGUUUGGUUUUCCUUUCCAAGCAGUAAGUUUCUGACCAGACUUUGCUCGGCAGAGGUGGAAGUUAAACUCGGGUGGAUCGACUCUUCCGCCCAGCCAGCGCUGACAGACCUGCGCUGUUUUAUCCCGCUGCGCGUUUUCCCCUCUUCAGUUGUUUCUCCGUCGGUUUUGUGACGUUCUGGGUCGAUCCAUCAAGAUGUCUCAGAUGAACAAGAAAACGAUCACGACGACGACCAGCUUCAGGAAUCUACAGGCCUCUCCGGAGCCGAUGGUUACAAAGUUUGUCUCCACCAGCCCUGUGCUCUCCGGGAGCUCCGUGUCGUCAGUGACACCGAUGUCUCAGGUGUCUCAGGUGUCCGCGGUGCCGUACGCGGUAAACGGCGCCGGCUAUGGGACGUUGCGGUACCUGGUGCCGGUGCAGCAGCAGCAGCAGUCCUUCGUCCUGAUGCAGCAGCCUGUGAUGCAGCAGCCUAUGAUGCAGCAGGUGGUGUCCCCGAUGUACCUGCAGAAUAUGCAACAGCUGAGCAUCAGCAACCAAAACGACUACAUGUACCAGGAUCUCAGCACGACAGAGAGCACCAGCAGGAAGUCUUCAUCUGUGUUCAGCCAUUCAUCCAGUCCUAUCAAGAGCCCUGCGACAAGUGUUGAGGAGGAGGUUGAAGUGGAGGUAGAAGAGGAGGAGGAAGAGGAGGAGGAGGAGGAGGGGGAUGCUGUGGAAGUGGAGGAGGUGGAGAUUGUUAAUGUCAUACAGUCGAAACCACCUCCAGUGAUAGAGAAGAUCUCAAGGAGGGAGGUGAGGACUGAGCUGAAGGAGAUACCAGAGCCAACAAAGCUGGACACACGUUACUUCGGCGAGCUGCUGGCUGAUGUCUACAGGAAGAACUGCGACAUCCACUCCUACAUCUACGAGCAUGUGUCCAAGAUCCGUGGACAGAAACACCAGAUGGAUUUGGGAAAAGAUUUCAUGGUGGAUAAAGAGGAGGUGGAGGCUUUGAUUCCAAAAGGAGCUACUGAACUGACCAAGCAACAAAUGCGCUACCUGCUACAGACUCGUCUCACUGCAGAUAAGAGCAUGCGUCUGCUGCUGUCCACCUUCAACAGUUUGAGAGAGGAGCUCCUGCACAUGUCGGAGGACCUGCGGCGUCUGGAGAGCGAGAAGGAAUCUUUGGAGAGAGAUCUGAGUUUCAAAGCAGACCAGGCUCGGCAGUAUGACUCCCUCCUGGAGACCGUCCGAGAAAACAACAGACAGCUCCAGCUGUCUCUGAAGGAAUCCCAGGCUGCCCAGCGUUCACUGGAGAGCCAGAUCAUGAGCAAACAAAGUAGUGACUCAAAUCGUGACUUCAAGCUGAAAGAGAUGGAAGCAAGAAUGAAAGCAAUGGAGAAUGAGAACAUGAUGCUCCGACAGAAGCUGUCUGGACAAGGUAGCAGCUCCACCUUUCAGAUCAAAACAGAGGAAUUAUCCCGUCAGUACAAAGAGCAGCUCAGCGCCUUGACCCGAGAAAAAGAUCGGGAGAUCGAGAGGCUCAGGACCCAGAUAACAAGGAUUCAGACAGAGGUCACCACUGACAGGUCGUCCUCAGAGAAGAGUCUUCAACUGAAGAUCACAGAACUUCUCACCAUGUUGGAGCAGCAGAAGACCACCAUCUCCAAACAGGAAGAGGAGAUCAGAAGGCUGACGCAGGACAGGAACAGCAGCUCCAAGAACGUCACUAAGACCAUCAUCACCAAAAGGUACAGGAACCAGUACCCGAUCCUUGGUCUGCUCAGUGAUGAUUACCAGGUCACCUCACCUGUCAAAGAAGACAAGACCAUCGUCAUCGAGAGAAGUGGACAGAUGAUCAAACAGGAAAUCAUUACAACCCCUUAAAGACACACUGCUUCUCUCCGACAGGAAUGAACAAUGACCAACCAGAAGAUCCAGAUGUCACCCCUAUUCCCCUGCAUGCUCCUCCCCCUCCCCUCAGGGCUCCCAGGGAUGGUGGUGGUUGAAAUCCCCUUCUUUGCCCCUAAAUUUGGGAUCUUUGCUUUGACCAAAUUGGGAUUGUUUGGGGUGAAAAUUUUAUCAAAAUUUUCUUUUUUUUCCAUGUAACAAAUAAAAACGGAACCAAUAAUCCACUAAUCACAGGCCAAAUCUGAUCAGAUGAUGCUACAGCCAGUUAUGGAUUGAGGCACGGGUAAAAAGAGUCACGACAACUGGGAACACGGUGAGAUUAGAGGUGAACUGUCCGAUGUGGAUGGACGCUUCCUCUCGUUUCUCACCUUUAUAACCUCAUUCUGCUGGAUUCACCAAAUUUAACAUUCACUCUCUUAUUUGGUUUGACUCUGCACUUUAGCACAUUUAAUACAAUGCACUCAAUGGAAUCACUAAACAAGUGAUUCUGCAAUAUACUGCAAUACAGUCAUCUGUGAUAGCUCACAAAGUAGGUAUUUAAAGAAGAAAGUGUCCUCAAAAUGGGAAAAAUUGUACAUGAUGACCUGAAAUUUAAAUUAUUUCAGGCUUAGUGAGAUAUACAAGAAUAUUCACAGGAGAUUGUGUUGUGAUAUAUUGCUCUGUUGAUAAUUAUCUGUCCCAUCUCUACUUGGUUGGGGCAAGAUAAGUUUGGAUUUGGUUCCACGUGGAUGUUUGUCUUCCCAUGCUUUAAAAUUAUUGGAUGAAAAUAGUUUAAGAUGUUUCUAAGGAAGUAAUAUUCUUAUUUAUUUUCCAUUUUCUUUCUAGAGGAAGGAGAUUGUUUGAAAUAUAUAUAUACCUUAUAUGCCGUCUGUUCAGUUUAUUAGGCCUACCUGUGCAGCCUAAUGCAUCAUAGUACAACGUGUCCGUUUUUGUUCAUUCUCUGAACUGGCUGCACUAGACAGAUAUACCUAAUAAAGUGACUUCAGUAUUCUUAACUGUGAACACUAUAAAUAAGCUUUUCUAGAAAAGCUUUCCUGACAGAAGUUUGCAAAUCUAUGCUUCUGUCUAAACACGAGAAGUUGUAAAAGAAACUCGCUGUCAAAUCUGCUUAAUUACCUUUGAAAUCGCUAAAUGCAAAAAGAUUGGAUCAAUGACACAACAAAUCUGCAGCUAACCGAAGGAAAACUAUGCACCGCUGUGGAACCAAAUGCUAAGUACCAGAGUGUCAGCCUCCAGUUGUCACCGAUGUGUGUUUUGCCAAGACUGGUAUCAUGUAGCAUGUAGCAUGCAAUCCUCCUCAAAGCCACCACAGCCAUUCUUGCCCAGGGGACGAGGAAGUGGAUGCAUUUCUAUGAUUGCUACUCUACAUGUAAAUAUUUGUGUAUAUUUGUAAGCUGGGCGUGCUCAGUGUAUGUUCUCUCCAGUGCGAGUGUGGAAUAAUCCCCCUCUGCACUGUGGUUUUGAUGAUCAUUUAACAAACGUUCUUAACGGGUAGUUUGCUUUUGUUUAGUGACUGUUUUUUUGUUCAGUGCAUUUUACUUUAUUUGUAAGUUUUCUACGACUCAGAGGUGAAUGGGUUCACAUGUAGCUUUCAUGUGCGAUCUCGGGUUCGGGGUGUGUGAUGCCUCACAUCCGUGGGAGAAAAUUCAGGCUUGUUUGGAUGCCUCCGGAUGUGAAGCAUCACAUUGG